AAACCGUAACCCUAGGGUCACACUACCGACACAUGGCGCCAGCGCGCCAGCGCGCGCGGCCGAGCGAGCCGCCGCCGGCGGCGGAUCUGCUGGCCUCCCUCCCGCCGCCCCUGCUCGACGCCAUCCUCGCCCGCCUCGACAUCCGGGACGCCGUCCGCACAUCCGCGCUCUCCCGCGACUGGCGCCGCCGCUGGGAGGCCCUCCCCUCCAUCUCCCUCUCCUUCCUCGACAAGCGCGGCGGCACGCCCACCUCGGUGGCCGUCGACCGCGUCCUCGCUCGCUACCCGGGCCACAUCUCCAGCUUCUCCUUCCACUGCGACAAGUACUCCGCCGCCCGCGUCGCCGACUGGCUCGUCGCCCUCUGCGGCCGCGGCGUCAGGUCCAUCAACCUCCAGUGCUCCUACUACUACUACUCCAUCACCCUCCACUCCUCCGUCUUCCUCUGCACCCAGCUCGUCUACCUGGAGCUCAACGGCUGCCUUAUGCCGCCUCUCCCACUGGGGUUCCCCGGCUUCCCUGUGCUUGAGGAGCUAAAACUGUACGCCGCCCAGUUCCCAGAGAACGGGGAGAGCUUGCUGGAAGAGAUUCUUGGAGGGUCGCCCUCGCUUAACACCCUGAAUCUUUCCUACCUGUAUAUCCGCGACGAUGGCCCCCAAAACGAGUGGGUGAUUGGUGGACCUAACAUACGGAAACUUACGAUAAUUUCGGAUAAAUCUUAUGGUUGGCGGAUCACGGACCUGCCAUGCCUCGAUGAAGCCACCAUCGAUUUGGGAAAGUAUGUGAGCUCUGGCGAUUUCCAAGGAUUCAUUGCCGGGUUUGCACAAGUUAGGAAGCUCAUUCUCCAUACGUGCUACCCACUGCCACCGCUAGCAAAUGGUCAUUUAAUGGAAACACUUCCAUGUACCUUUUACAACUUAAAGAGCUUAAUCCUCUGGACACAUUUCUGUGAGAGGCCUGCCAUUUUGGCAACCUUAUGCUUACUAAUGAAUGCUCCUAAUCUAGAAGAACUUGAAAUUACGAUCGAGCGUACUUUCUUGGAUGGAAUUGAAGCAAAUGCAGAGAAUCAUAAUACACAAUACACUGAUGCCUUCUGUGCCAACCUUCAGGUUGUGAAAAUAAAGGGUAUUGGCUGGUUGCCAAGUGAAAUGUGUUUUAUCAAGCUCGUUUUAUCGAAAGCAAUAGUUCUUCGCACAAUGUAUCUUAGACUUGGUUAUGAAAGCUCAAAGUCUAACGAGGAUGUACUGUGUGAACUAAUGACAUACAGAAGGGGUUCACCUCAUGCUCAAGUCUUCUUUAAUGGUAAGAUUGAAUAGAUUGUUAAUUGCAGACUGUCUUUUGUGUCUUGCUGGGAAUGGUUGCAUAAUACAUUUAGGUGGCUUACUUGCAUACGUUGGUGUCAAACCCUCUUUUGAUCUUCUCUAACUACGUACCCUUGGAGGCUAGAUAUGCAUCCCGAAGAAAAUGGCUGCUGGCAGGAGCUACUAUAACGCUCUGUUUUGGUCAUACGUAAUCCUUGUACGAGUUGGGCGCCUUUCCCGUGCUAAUGGCCUGCAAAAGUUGCAAAUACGGAGUAACUCUUUUAUUUGUUGUUUCGAAUUUUCAAUGAGAAUUACAUGGUGUCGCUGUUCCAUCAUUUGAUUAAGUUGGUUACUACAAAUUUGUUUGCAAGAGCUUCAGGAAUGAGAUACCGGCUACGGCAAAUAGUUAAGUAACCAGAAAAUAUGGGUUCAUUACUACCGUUUUUUGAGCAAUUCUCGGAAUACAGCUUCUGCACAUAACUCUCAGGAAAUGCAGAAAUGUUUGCAGUACCAGUUUAAGUUAUGCAAUUACCAUGCUUUUUUUUACUUCCAUUUUACUACUCCAAGCAUUCUGCAAGAUCAAAAUCGUAUACCUCUGUUUAUAUCUGAAAUAAAAUAGUGUCAAAAUUUCAGUUAUACAUACUAGGGCAGGCAAACCCCAUCUGAACAUCUGUGUAUGUCCAAUGUAAUACAACUUAGCAGCAAAUGUCCUGUCUACCAGUUCCAUGUGCAGCCUAGAAGAUGAAACAGGGUAUCAUGCUACUAUGACCUGCAGGAAAGCGGGCCUUACGACAACGCAUCAGAGAUGUCUGUGUACUCUGUCCAGGCUUUGUCCAGUGAAGGGCGAGAACGUUGGGAGCAUUGGUAUAUCGAUCGUAACCUGAAUCUGCUUCCAAGCUGUUGGAAUUUUUUCAGUCCUGAUCUACCUUUGUAUUGGAAUGACUGGUUCAUGGGCUACAAUGUUACGGAAUUGUUUGUGCAGAAGAACUGGGAUCCAGGUAGUAUGUUGUAAUCAGGCUGUGCACCUCUUGCUUUCCCAAGAUGCUUUUGCUUGUGGUGGGAUCCUUGUUUAACUAAGGCAAACCACUGUAUGGUGCAAUUGAGUUUUAACAAGUUUGGCUCAGUAUGCAAGGCAACCUGUACUGGUGCACACCAAUUCGACCCUGGAGUUGGCAUCUCUCAUUGAGUUGGUACUCUGAAAUUUGUCAUGGUAUGUAUCCCUGGAAAGUGCAAAACAAUGAUUAUCUUCUGUUUGGGGAUAAGGAAUGGAUGCAAGAUAUCCAAUCCGUGGAACCUAUCAGUGUAGUUUAUCAUGCUCCUGCAUUUUGGCGUGAACAACACAAUGCUGGAACUUAGUUUCAAGUCUUGUCAACGCUUCAGUGUUGAAACUUCAGGCAAGAGAGUUGUGUACGGGAGAUGUUAGUGCAGAUUUCAGUAAUUUGUAACAUAUUCCGGAGAUUGUGCUUUGGGUCUGUUCAAGAAAUGAGCCUCUCUUGGCAAAGUGUUGCAUCA